AUGAAGGACACCGGAGAGUCCAAAGACCACCAGCUAACUGUUGCUUUGAGGAUCCGACCCCUCAGCGAUGCUGAGCAGGAGGAGGCGGGUACUACCAUCGUGGCCCACAGAGUGGACGACCAGAUGGUGGUUUUGAUGGACCCCAUGGAGGACCCAGAUGACAUCCUGCGUGCCAAUCGCUCCAGGGAGAAGACGUACAUGUUUGAUGUGGCGUUUGACGAAUCAGCCAGUCAGGAGGAGGUGUACCGAGCUACAACCAAAGGGCUGAUUGAGGGCCUCAUAUCAGGCUAUAACGCCACCGUAUUUGCCUACGGACCCACAGGUUGUGGGAAAACAUACACCAUGUUGGGAACAGACAAGGAGCCUGGCAUCUACGUGCGAACGUUGAACGACCUGUUCCGUGCAAUUGAAGAAACCAGUGAUGACAUGCAGUACAGUGUCUCCAUGUCUUAUCUGGAGAUCUACAAUGAGAUGAUCCGUGACCUGCUGAACCCCUCCUCUGGUAUUUUGGACUUGAGAGAAGACAGUAAGGGAAUGAUUCAGGUAGCUGGCAUCACCGAAGUGUCGACCAUCAACGCCCAAGAGAUUAUGGAACUGCUGGUGAAAGGUAACAAGCAGCGCACACAGGAGCCCACAGCAGCUAAUAAGACGUCGUCCCGCUCCCACGCUGUGCUACAGGUGGCCAUCAGGCAGCAGAGUCGCUGCCGAGAUGUCCUGCAGGAGGUCCGUUUUGCACGCCUCUUCAUGAUCGACCUCGCCGGCUCUGAACGAGCAGCACAGACUCAGAACAGGGGUCAGCGUUUGAAAGAAGGGGCUCACAUCAACCGUUCCCUCCUUGCAUUGGGCAACUGUAUUAAUGCCCUGAGUGAUAAAAAUGGCAACAAAUACGUCAACUAUCGUGACAGCAAGUUGACCCGCCUACUGAAGGACUCUUUAGGUGGGAACAGCCGUACGGUCAUGAUAGCCCACAUUAGCCCCGCCUCUGUGGCUUUUGAGGAGUCUCGUAACACACUAACUUACGCCGACCGUGCCAAAAGCAUCCGCACACGGGUGAAGAAGAACCUCCUAAAUGUGUCAUACCACAUUGCUCAGUACACUAACAUCAUCUCAGACUUGCGCUGUGAAAUCCAGCGUUUGAAAAAGAAGAUCUCAGAUCAAGCAAGCCGCCAACUCAGUUCAGACAAGGCUGAUAUCCGCCACGUCCAGGCUGAGGUUCAGGCUCAUUCCAGCCAGCAAAGCCAAGCUGAGAUGGAUAAGCUGAGGGAGCAGCUCCUCGAUGCCUUCCGCCAACAGAUGGAAAUCAGGAAGAGCUUGAUGGAGCUGGAAAACAACAAAAUGGAGAUCCAGUCAGACACCUCCAAAAACCUGCUGACCAUUGCAGACUGGGAGCAGGAGCGGAACAGGCGCAGGAGGAAGUGGCGUGCAGAAAGGAGGAAGGAAUGUUUGCAUAAGGAUGAGAGUGAAAAGGAUUCGGACUCCCCAGAGUCUCCACCGGACAACACGGAGACGCAGGAAGUGGCCACAGCUCGAGAAAACCUUGUCACGCUCAUGGCUGAACAGAAGAAGAUCCACAAACAGAAGACUGUUCUCGAGUGCAGGUUUCUGGAGCUGAGGGACCAGGCGCGGCAUCUGGAGGAGCUGCUGCCUCGGAGGGUGAGCUCAGAGGAGCAACGUGAAGUUCUGGGUCUCCUCUGCAAAGUCCACGAGCUGGAGAUCGAGAACGCAGAGAUGCAGUCGCACGCGCUGCUCAAGGACAAUGUCAUUCGGCAUAAAAACUUUGUGGUACAGCGUUUUGAGCAGCACAGACAUCUGUGUGACGAAAUCAUACAGCAGCAGAGACGGUUCAUUGACGACCACAGUCUGCUGGUCCCACCACAUCUCCAGGAGUUGUAUGAUGUGUACAUGAGGGAGUUGGACGAGCGAAAACUGGACAGAGUCAUGGCCCUGGACAAGGUGACCAUCAGAUGCACCACCAAGGAGGGUUCUCUACCAAAGAUCACCCUGCCUGGUCAGGGCCGGGACAGCAUGCAGGAUUUGGACUCUGACCAGGAGAGUAUACGCAACGUGUGCAUUGAUACCAGAAGAGGCCCACCCAGAACCCGUAGACACACGCUGCCUCCCAUUCUGCCUGAGCCAGAGUUGGACAGUAACAGAGUUUUUAAAAGCAGCCCUCAUGCCAGGAAGAUGAAAUACUCCAAUACCAUGACCCCGCCUCCCAUCCAUAUCAACGGGAAGGGAAACAGAGAGUUGCAGCAUGUUGGUCCUGAGAGCUCACUGAGCUUCAGCCACCUCAGUCUCAGCAUCAGCAGCCAUCUGGAUUCAUCGCCCGAGAGCAGUGAGGCGGGGCCUGAUGCCCGAAUUGCAUACAAUGAGAGGCAACAGAUAUUAAACGGCGUCCAGAACAUUGUGAUGAAGGCAGCUUGUCGAUGCUCCAAAGUUCUGGAGCUGGACGGCUCACGGUUGCCCCCUACCCCAUCUCCUCUGGACCCAAAGAAGCAGAAGGGUAACUUCGCUUUGAACGAGGCACCCCCCAAAGGUCUGGCCAUGCUGCGUGGCCGACAGCCGACCCCUGAGCUGAGACAUGCCACCUCAGAUGAUAAUCUAUCCAGCAGUACUGGGGAGGUUACCCUACAGGCAACCUGGACACGCCCACGCAACCGUCACCUCAUAAACAAGAACCGAACCCCCCGUGAAGUGGACUUUGAGGCUCGGCGGAAGAAGAGGCGCUCACGCUCUUUUGAGGUGACUGGCCAACCAGUGCCUCAAACAAAGAUGGCCACAGUGCAAAGGUUCCGUCCUCUGGACAGCACAUCAGACCCCCACCUCCACAUCAACGGCCAUACCCACCCACCCAUGCUGCGCUCUCAGUACAGAGGGGCCGCCCCUCUUUCCAAAAUCAGGGCACCUCACAACAACCUGCAGACAGGCACAACUGCUGAGUCAUCCACAGGUCACACGAAUAACAUGAAGCGAGGGACCCAGCUGCGUCAGCCCCAGCCGCUCCUCUACAUCACCACCACAGGCACCGGGGGGCCACACACACGCAAACACUAGACACUUACCCACUUUUACCAUCAACUCACCCAAUAGACAAUGUGCACUGAUGUCACACACAACACACGGUUUUGUGGCCGACGCCAUAUUGGACGGCAAGCUCCGGGUACACCACGACAUGGCCGAUGCUGGAUCGUCGGUGGACGGCCAAGCUAAUUUGUCCACUGUAGCAAAAGCGCGCGACCCUGAAUAUCAGAAGAGGUAUUUAGAGAAAAUACAGAGAAUCAACGUGGAUUGCGACAAUAUUUCCCUCGAGAGGUUCACCAGUUUUAUCAAUUUUGAGCGGAAGCCAGACAUGCGGUAUCCAGACAUUUUCAGCUACUUUAUCAACACUCC